UCGGAGCGGCUCGGCUCGGAGCGGUUCGGUUCGGCUCGGAGCGGCUCGGCUCGGCUGCUGGGCGCGGGGAUGGCGGUGCCGGAGCCGGACGCGCGGCUGGCGCAGGAGAAGGAGGAGGAGAGCGAGGAGGAGAGCGAGAUCCUGGAGGAGAGCCCCUGCGGGCGCUGGCAGAAGCGCCGCGAGCAGGUGAAUCAGGGGAACAUGCCGGGCAUCCAGAGCACCUUCCUUGCCAUGGACACAGAGGAGGGCGUGGAGGUGGUGUGGAACGAGCUGCUCUUCACCGACAAGAAGGCCUUUAAAGCACACGAGGAGAAGAUCAAGACCAUGUUUGAGCAGCUGGUGCUUGUGGAUCAUCCCAACAUUGUAAAGCUUCACAAAUACUGGCUGGAUGUGAAAGACUCGAAGGCACGGGUCAUCUUCAUCACAGAAUAUGUGUCCUCAGGGAGCCUGAAACAGUUCCUGAAGAAAACCAAGAAAAACCACAAGGCCAUGAAUGCCAGGGCCUGGAAGCGCUGGUGCACUCAGAUCCUGUCUGCUCUCAGCUUCCUGCACUCCUGUGAGCCUCCCAUCAUCCACGGCAACCUCACCAGCGACACCAUCUUCAUCCAGCACAACGGGCUCAUAAAGAUUGGUUCAGUCUGGCACAGGGUGUUUGCAAAUGCCCUCCCGGACGACCUGCGAAGCCCCAUCAGGAUUGAGAGGGAAGAGCUACGCAACUUGCAUUUCUUCCCCCCGGAGUACGGCCAAAAGGCUGACGGGACUGCUGUGGACAUCUUCUCCUUUGGGAUGUGUGCGCUGGAGAUGGCAGUGCUGGAGAUCCAGACUAAUGGGGACACGCGGGUCUCGGAGGAGGCAAUCAUGCGAGCACGACAUUCUGUGGACGAUCCCAACAUGCGGGAGUUCAUUCUGUCGUGCUUGACCCUCAACCCAGACAAGCGACCAACAGCUAAUAACCUGCUCUUCCACCGGGUGCUCUUUGAGGUCCAUUCUCUCAAGCUGCUGGCAGCACACUGCUUCAUCAACAACCAGUAUCUGAUGCCAGAGAACGUGGUGGAGGAGAAGAUAAAGGAACUGGACCUGAACAUGGUGAUGGCAGAGAUCCGGAGAGAGGGUCGGCCUGGAGCACAGUGGAGGUACUCAGAGGUCUCCUUCCUUGAACUCGACAAAUUCUUAGAAGAUGUCAGGAAUGGGAUUUAUCCCCUGAUGAACUUCGCUGUUUCCAGACCCCACGCCCUCCCACGUGCCCUCUCCCAGCCCCAGGAGGACCCUCAGAAAGCCAAGACUCCCACCCCAGAGCCCUUUGAUGUGGAGACCAGGAAGGUGGUACAAAUGCAAUGUAACAUGGAGCUGAAUGAAGACAAGACCCAGUGGCACCUUACUCUUCUGCUGAUCCUGGAGGACAAAUUGCAUCGACAGUUGAGCUACGACUUGCUGCCCACUGAUAACUCCAAGGACUUGGCCACAGAGCUGGUGCAUUAUGGAUUCAUCCAUGAGGACGACUGUGAAAAGCUGGCUAACUUCCUGGAAAAUGCCUUCCACAAAUACCGGUCUCCUCCCUUGUGAGUCACCUCACUGCAGUCUGGAACAGAGUGGUCCCCCUAUACCACAGGGGACGGGAAAUGUACCAGACUGGAAGAAACUGCAGGGCUCCUGACCGAACUUCCUCCAGCAGGACCGACCGGGCCACUUGCUCCUGACUGAACCUUUGCAGUCCAUGAGAGGUAUAUGCCUGAGCUGUGGUGUGAAAAGGCAACAGCAAGUGGAGGAGUAAUCAGCAAACACAAGAAAUUACAUGUGCAUCAUGAGAAGUCGGGACCAAGCAGGAGUACGUGUUCUGGUCCCCACUCCUGAAGCAGCAAGCCAAAGGGAGUUGUGAGGCGUGGGGGAGUGGGGUAGCACCCCCUGCAGCACCUUCCCGAUGGUGUUUGUGAAGAUGCAAAGCUGCUGCAAGAAUCCCCCAAACUGAUAAAUUUCCCUCUGGGAAUGAUAAGCUUUUUUCACUGCAGGUCCUAAAGCUAUUUUUUCCCUCUUUGCCAGCUGGUAAUACUUGCAGAAGGGAGGAGAGGAGCAGGCUUGGAAAGCUCUGGCGCAGUUUCCGAUCUGCCACAUUCCAUUCUUUAUACCCACUUUCUCCUGUUUUGUUAGGGUUUCCCCAGCACAGAUGAACCACUGUGAUGCCUUGUAAUUAGAAUUGCACACCUUGGUGUAAGCUGAAGAGAGGAUUUUGUGAGCUGGACUUGAUACGGCAUGAGAAGAAAUUCCAGACCCACCAGCUGGAUCCAAACAUGUGGAUCAGUGGAAACCUCACUGGUGCUGAACAGAACCCCUGUCAUUCCCCAGUUUGUCUUACAGCCUUCCAAAAUCUCAUGGCAUCUUAAGGGGAAAAACCCUGAUGUCUCUUCCUUCCCCGUUUCUCCUGUGGUGUUUGGAACUUCAGUCAUUAGCCUGGAGAAAGGGGCAAUCAUCUUAGCUGCUGCGCACGUCAGGUUCAGUUGGUGAAAAGUGCAAAUAGGAAUUAUUUGUGUCACAAAAGCCAUGCAGUGCUGCUCCAUGCUGUUCACGUUGUGCCGUGUGGAACCAGCUGUAUCAUGCUGCGCUGUGCUAGUGGUGUUCUGCGCUGUGCCAGGUACUCCAUGUGGUACUGCCUGCGUUAUGCUGCCCGCGCUUCGCAGUGUUGCACCAAUUGUGUCACACCGGGCUGGGUUUGCCAUGCUAGGAUGCUAUGCUGAGCUGCCAACUUGUGCUGUAUUUCCCAGUUGCGCUAUGCUGUGCCAACUUUACAAACUGACAAAUCAAUAAAGCCACUGAAAGUAGCUUAUCUCAUCAGAGCACUCCACUCAGCAAA